UUCACCGAACUAAAAAAUUUGUCUGCGUGGUUUCUUCAGUUGCUUCAUUGACUAACGUCUUUUGCACAUAGUACCUCUGGCCAAGAUGGCGGCUACGUUAGGACGAAUUUGUAAAUCUGGUCUUUUAAAACCGAAUUAUGGAACUUUGGUCGGUCAGACCAAUAAUUUCUCCACUACAAAAGAAUGGUCCAGAGGUCGAAAAUUGUUAGUAACGUGCUUAGGAAUAACGGCUGGAGGUAUUGGCGCUUUAAUUUAUGCUUUGGAUAGUUCUGUAAAAGCCGGCGAUCUAGCGGCUCAUCCUGCAAGAUAUAAAUGGGAUUUUUAUGGAAUGUUUAAUUCGUUAGAUCAUGCGAGUGUGCGACGAGGAUGGGAAGUGUACAAAAACGUAUGUUCCGCUUGUCAUAGUUUGCAGUAUGUAGCAUAUCGUCAUCUAGUCGGCGUUAGUCAUACAGAGAAAGAGGCGAAAGCUCUUGCUGCUGAGAUACAGGUGAAAGAUGGUCCUGACGCCACUGGAGAAUACUUUAUGCGUCCAGGAAAAUUAUCAGACUAUGUUCCAAGUCCAUAUCCAAAUGAGGAAGCUGCUAGAGCGGCUAACAAUGGUGCCUUACCACCUGAUCUUUCAUUGGUACUCAAUGCUAGGCACGAUGGAGAGAAUUAUAUAUUCUCUCUGUUGACCGGAUAUUGUGAUCCACCAGCUGGAAUUAAACUGCAAGAAGGUCAAUACUUUAAUCCAUAUUUCUUAGGUGGUGCUAUUGGUAUGGGACAGGUCGUUUACGACGAAGUCUUGGAGUUUGAAGAUGGUACUCCUGCCACCGCUUCUCAGAUAGCUAAAGAUAUCACCACAUUCCUUAUGUGGACAUCUAAUCAUGAAUACGACGAUAGAAAAAAAUAUACUAUCAAGACCAUUGGAUUAGGCAUCUUUCUCAUAAGUGGCAUCAUUUACCUAAAGAGGCACACAUGGACUACUGUUAAAAAUACAAAACUACUUUUCGUCCCUAAGAAGUAGUGUAAUUAUUUCGAAAUAAAUCCGUUGAAGCUUCAGCUUAAAGAAAUUGUCUUGGCGAUGUUAGCAUCAAGGGAUGUAAUGUAGUUUUAUAAAUUAAUUAAUAUAACCGGACAUUUCUAGCACUUUUCAGACUCGGAAGCUGCCAAUAUAGCAUUUGAUGCAUGUUCGAUUCAUUAUAAAUAUCAAGUCAAUAAACUUGUGCAUUGUACAUAAAUAUGCAAACAAUGUUAUCAUCGGCCGACAUAAAUAAAUUGUUAAAAGUAAUAAAGUUUGCUUGUAGUUUAUAAUCAUGUCCGAACGUCUCACAUAAAGUAAUUUGAUUAUAUCACGUUUGAGAAUUACAAGCGUGUCGACACAUUUAGUAGGAAAACAUUGAUACGUACAAUAAUCGAGAGAUAAUUUUUCUAAAGAAAUGUUUUUAUUUUUAAGCUUCAUUUUAUCGACAUAGAGUAAUAAUUAUUUAAUAUGAAUUAGAUUACACCAUUACAUUAACAAUAGUGUAAUACUGAAAUACAAAGCUGAUCAGAGGUAUGUAUAGUAUUUCAGGUAGUUAAAGUUUCAUAACAUUAGAUAAUAAUAAUAAUUGUUCAAAUACCUUCGUAAUUCAUACUUUGGUCUAAUUGAGUAUAGUCUAAAUGCAAUAACAGAGUAUACACAUAAUGCAAAUCAAAGGUGAGAAAUCAUGUAAUUAUUAUAUUAUACUGCAAAUAAUUUAUACGAUCAUAGUUUUCUAUCAGUGAGAUUAAACACGAAAAUAAAAACUAAAAAAAAAAAAAAA